UAUCUACCUAGACACAAUAAAUCUUCCUUACGUUCUACUUGAUCCGGACUUUAUCUCCUUCAUCAUAACAUCCAAUGAAAUCACACCUUUGCCCCCUCCAUCCCCCCAUCCCACCGUCUACCCCGUACAACCCAACAACUUUAUUUCCAGAUGGUAUUUCCCCUCAUCUCCAACGGCUGCCGUGUUACCCCGAGGACCUCCACUCAAAAAGUGGUCUUAUUUUUCCAUGUACGGACAUCAUGGUCCUUUCAUGUGCCUCCUUGCCCCGACCCGUAUAUGCUUACUAUUUCUCUACAAAGUACAUAUUGAUGCAUGCAUCGAUCAUGAGCUCGCCAACCCCGAGGCAUCGGUACGUAUCCGAGGGAAGGGUGCCGGGAUAAGUAGAGCGUCGCAUCGUGCUUACUGGGUAUCAACUAUCUGCAACUA